CCAGUUAUUAAUAACAGACCAGUGAGCCUCCUGAUCCACCAAGACCAUAUGGUGUUUUUCAUAAAAGAGAGAGAUCAUUCCCUUGACUUUGGACUUCGCUUAUUGAAACCCUGAACAGAAUCAAGGUUGCUAAGAGACCACCUGUGCUGAAUGCACUUUGUUCUGGCAAGAGCAGAAAAGUGAGAAGCUGUGUUACCUACUACUACCUGAGAUUAAUUCAGGGAGCAGGAGUAUUCUGGAUAUGACUGGUAAAAACUGGAUGUUAAUUUCUACUACUAAUCCCAAAAGCCUAGAAGAUGAAAUUGUGGGAAGACUUCUAAAAAUUUUGUUUGUUAUCUUUGUUGACUUAAUGUCUAUUAUAUAUGUUGUGAUGACUUCUUAGAAAGCUGACUUCCUUUACUUUCUAUGUAAAUUUCCAAUUGAAUUACAGUGAAUAAAAAUUUGAAUUUUAA